AGGUCCUACAAUUUAAAAGAGGAUGCAUUUAUAGUAGUCUUUAAAUGACAAAUGAGUGAUCCGACUUGCCUUUUCAGUACCUGAAGCUGCUGGACUGACAGGCCUGAGAGCUUCAGUGGAGGAUAGGAUUCACUCACAACUCUUUGUUUCUCAAGUUUUUUCUCUUCAAUUUCAGCCACCAGCAUAGAAGCUGCUUUCUUUAGCAACUUAGACUGAAACAAAGUAAAGGUUUACUAAAAAAAUGUGCCAAAACAGGCUUGUAGAAAACAUAAAUAUGUUAGAAAAUGCAAAAUAAUUUACCUUUAGGAGCAGUCGGCGUGUUGCUGAGUAUUUUGGCUUUCUCUAUAAAAAAAAAAAAAAGUUCCAUUUAUGGAUAAUAGCAAUUAUAAUUGUAUAUUUCUCCUGACUUUAAAAAAGUAUAACAUUUUGUGUCAUUUUCACUCACCGGUCUUCAUCAUGCGAAAAUAUGUGAAAGAAAUUCAAAAGAUUUAUGUUUAUUCCUGUUUAUGUAGCUUAAUUAUUAGAAACCUAGCAUGAAAAAAGUUUGUUCAAAUCUCUUAAAGCUACUUUAAAUACAAUUGAUCAUGAGACAGAUUAUUUUUGAGUUCUUUAUUCUCUCAGUGUGAAAAGGUCAUAAAAUCACCACUCACCCCUCAGACAUGACAGCAGCUUAUGGCUCCUUAGGAGAAGAGAUAAAAUAUUAUUGGUUGAUACUAAGUACUCAAUUAUUGCACAUUUUCAAAUAAUCUCUAACUAUUUUUCUAAAACUCUUGUGUUUUUUAAUGUUAAGAGUUAUUUAUCACAAUGUGCUUAAUUUACUUACAAAGCAGAUAUAAACACACCAUACUCUUAUAUGAGAUUUUCUAGGAUAUUAAUAAUUCAGUUUUUUCAAAGCCUCACUGUUCAUGUCAGUAUUUUUUAUUUCAAUGAAAUAAUUCCUUUCAAGCGUCCACUGGGGCUUUCGAAUGCUUUCUGUUCUUUUCCAGGACUGAGUUCUUGCUCCGUCGCUGAAAGGCCUGGAGUGCAGCUCGCUGCCCUGCUAUAUUGGACUGCAUUGCCCCCAUUCUUCUGAGUGUGCCAAGCACGACAGUGGCCUUGAUAAUUUUGUUGCUUUUAUGCUUUUGUGUGGCUGCUGAAGCUUCUCUGAAGAUACUGGACUGCAGCAAUAAGGGUCUUUACAACUGCACCACUAGAGCUAAUUAUGGCUGUUUGGAUACAAAUUAUACUGUUCCCAGAAAUUGUUCCCCAAAUGGCCCAUUGGUGACUACAAAGUUCAGAGAACAUUUGAGUUUUCUUGUUGUGACCGUUGGUUGGACCAUGCAACCAGAUGCCUCCACUUCUUUCAUUACUGGAACAAGGAUAAGGAUUGUGGAUGAAAUGACGACUGAAAGUGUGUGUGUGCAGUAUGCUUACACAUUUCAAACAAUACUGGGGUCAGAUAAUAUGAAGUGGAGCUUUUCCAUGAAUGCUGUGGCAGAGCCUAACCAUGUCUACACCAUGACGGUUUUCAAUCUGCCAGAACCUGAGUAUGGAAACAACAGGAUCAAAAAGCAAAUCAGCAUUCCAGGGUGUGACAGCGAAACCAUCAAAAAGUUCCAGGUCUGUCAGGAAAAUGGCAGCCUGUGGGAUCCCAGAAUGUCUGCUGUAUUUACCAGUGGGAAGCCAAAGGACUCUGUUGUUGUGACUUUUGAAUCUGCACCGUAUGCUGACAGAUACCAAGUUUCCAUCCAGAUCAGUGGUUUUAGAUACUUAAAGAAUGCCUCAAAGGAAAACAGAACAUCACUGAAUGUGAGACUUGAAGUUGAUUCUUUCUGGUUUUCAGAGUGUGAAGCCUUAGUAAUGAUCCAGCCAUUUUUUCCGCGCUGCAAAAAUCAUUGUAAGACAGCAGAGAAAAGCUUUGAUCGCUGCAAAGACAUAACUCCAUUAAUCAUUUACUUGGGUUUGGGGCUGCUUCUUGUGGUUUCUGCUUGCCUCACGUACUUACUGUUGAAGUCUCAUCAUCAAGAUCGUUCAAACACAUCCACAUCUGCUGCAGAAGAGCCACCACAACUCGUCUUUCCAGUUCAAGAGAGGAAACGUGUCCUCAUCAUCUACUCCCUUGACCAUCCUUUGUACAAAAACAUUGUUCUCAAGUUUUGUGCUUUCCUCAUGACCAAAUGUGGUACAGAAGUAGUUCUGGACCUGCUGGAUUCAACCAGACUGUCAGUGCUGGGAAGAAUUCAGUGGUUGGACAGCCACAAAGAGCAAUUUGAGAACUCCUCGGAUAAGAUACUCAUUCUUUGCUCACAGGGAGUACAAGCCAAAUGGAGAGCCAUGUGUGGUGGCAAGCAGGUAUUUCUGAAAGAGGACGCCUGCUCACUCACAGGUGACAUGCUCACUCCAUUCUUUGCCCUCAUGCUCCCCCACUUUAUCCAGUCCAUGUCAUUUAAAAAGUACAUCAUAGCUUACUUUGAUGAUGUUUGUUCUGAGGAAGACGUUCCGUCUCCUUUCAACGUGACGGUACGCUACAAGCUGAUGAAAGACUUUGAGGACGUUUUUUUCAGAAUCUUGGACACAGAAAAACAUGAACCAGGACGGAUAAAGCAAAUCGAUGGACUAUCAGAGGACAAAUAUCAUGAGUGUCCCUCAGGCAGAGCCCUGCGGGACGCCAUAGAAGCAUUUCGGGCUUGUCAGAUGGAGCAGCCACAGUGGUUUGAGGAGGAGUUACUCCAAAGCUCAGAGCUGGAGGAUGAGAUGGGAUCAGAUAGUAUGUAUAACUACUCAAGAACAACAACUAACCACCUGGUGUGCUCCAUGUUUGACCCGGUUCAAGCUGUGAAUCAUGUAGAGGCUGAAAAUUAUUUCUCUGUACAUGAAAUUGAUCUUCAGAUGGAUAAAAAGCCUCAAAUGUGCUCUACAUUAGAGUUCAAUUCUAACAUCGUUGGGCACAAUCGUCUGCUAUUAUAAAAUACAACUAGACUCUGGAAGCCUUUUAUUUUGGAGGGUAAAAAUUCCCAUAAUCUCUCCUUAGCAUAUCUAAAAUAUAUCACAAAAAGUGUUCAAAUAAAUAAACGGUGGCAUAAACACACACUUGUGCGUGUGACAAUUCCAGAGACGUUUAGAAUACAGAGAUCAGCAUAUGAUUACUGUGGACUGUGUAAUCAGUGUUUGAGUCAAAGUCCAGGGUUCCCGGCAAAGACUUUCAUGUUGCGCCGGUGAAGGUAAGCACUUUCUGCUUUGUGGAGAAGCCUUUUUCUUACAUACCUUCCUGUCAAAAUGUAAUGUGCUCCAGAUCUUUUAUUCUGAUGGCACAGAAAGGUAUCUUAUUUUUACAUUUUUGUCUGUUUUUCACAACAUGUGUUUAUUGUUUGUUUCAAUUCACACAAUGUCUCGUGUAGUUAAGUUUCAUUUCAUAGAUAAGCCUUGUUCAGUUUUAUAUUGCCCUUUAAAUAAACUAAUUCUAGUAAUUUGGAAACUAGAUUCUUUAUUUAAAUGCAAGUACAUUAUAUAUGUAUAUUAACCAAGGUCCUGAGUAAAUGAAUGCAGUAAAGUAGAGGAGGUACAAGAGAGAGACCCUGGAUUUUUGGGUCCAAUUUGUGAGGGAGGCCUCAAAAAAGGAGAGAACGGUGGGAAUUUUUGCCAGCUAACUGGAGCAGUGAUAAUCCUCACAAUGGCUGAGUGAGAGUUGUGCUUUGCAGUUGGAACAGGGUGUAGAGAGCCACAUCUUUAAACCACCGGAACUAAUUAAUUGGGGAGUAUGUUGGGCUUUCACGGGAAAAUUUAAAAUCCUUGGAUUUUCUUGCAAUUGCAAAAAAAAAACGUGUUUUUUAAAAAACUGACAGUAGCUGCCAGGUCCAAUUUUUUUUUUUUUUAAAAGCUUUUGCUCUUUGGCGGACAAACGGUUAUGAAAUGAAGACGUUCCGCUCUUCUUUUGAGGCUGUUGUUAUGGGUCUGUGUGUGCAAGAACGGACAGAGUGAACGCUCCUCUCAGUAAUAGCACAUCUUUGUGGCAAACCAACUAAAGCAGCAGGAUCGAUCAGGGCUGCAACAAAAAAAGACCCUGGACCUGUGAGAGGAAGAGGUGAAGGUGUCUCAAGUUGUUUCACAGUUGUUAUCCACCAUGAGAGAAAACGUUAAUAUCUAUUUAUCUUGAGUGUGUUAAA